UGGCACCCUUGCUUCUGGGAAGGAGAUCCUUGUCUCUCGCUGCAGCAUUGUUACAUCCGAGAGGCACUAGAAGAACUGGAAGCCUGGAAUUCCAAGACGACCAAAAUGAUGAAGAUGAUGAUAGUAGCACCAGUCACAUUCCUGUUAUGAAAGAAGAGGUCAUAGAGGCAUUAUCACCUCAAGAUCAACAGAUCUUCGUUGAUAUGACCUUUGGAGCAGGUGGUCACACGAGGGCACUCUUGAAUCAUGGUGCUGCUACCGCACAGGUGUAUGCGCUGGACAGGGACCCAGCGGCACACACAUUGGCUCAGAAUAUGGCCAAGAAGUACAACGGGAGAUUACAUCCUCUACUGGGUCGCUUCAGUGAGUUAGAGACCCUCCUUCAAAGUGAGGGUCUAGGCACAGACUCAGUUGAUGGGAUUCUCAUCGAUGCAGGGUGCUCCUCGAUCCAGUUUGACACAGCUGAGCGUGGUUUUGCCAUCAGCAAGGACGGGCCACUGGAUAUGCGAAUGGAUGGCACAAGGUUUCCUUCCCAACCAACAGCAGCUGAUGUCGUCAACUCCCUUGAUGCCCCGACCCUUGCCAAGAUCUUCAAGACCUACGGGGAAGAGCCCCGCGCUAAGAAAAUAGCGGCGGCAAUCGUUGAGUACCGCCAGAAUUAUCAACCAAUCAGGACCACCCUGGAGCUGACCACUAUCAUCUCUUGCGCCUUCACGCACACUGAGUCACGUCAGAACAAAGACAAGCUCGGCCGACAGGCCCACGUCGCGACGAAGACCUUCCAAGGGUUGAGGAUCUUCGUCAACAAUGAGCUGAACGAGCUCAGCACGGGGCUUGAAGUUGCCGGGAAGUUCUUGAAACCCGGAGGGAAGCUCGCUGUCUUGACUUUCCACUCCUUGGAGGAUCGGAUCGUCAAGAGGUUCUUCCAGGGGAGAGAAGUGAACGAAAGAGGAAAGAGCAUCCACCAGAAGCAUCGGGAACAUCUUCAAAGAGACUUUGCAACAAACUCAGAACCAGAAAGAACUGGCGAGUCCAAAAUAUGGGCUCCAAUGAACAGGAACAAAGUGAUACUUCCCAGCGAAGAGGAAAUAGAAGAGAAUCCGAGAUCAAGAUCAGCAAAACUGAGAGUCGCUGUAAAACUAUGACAUUGAAAGGUUGGACAAGUUUAUGAAGACAAAAGCAGAUUUUUGUUCUCAAAAAAAUUCUGUCAAAUAUAGAAGUUAGAGUGCCUGACUUUUGUCAGAGUCAAAUGUAUUCCAAAGGUAUUCUUCUGAGUGAAUAUCAGAAAAAAA